AAAAGGAUUGAGAUUAGAUAAUUAAUUAAAAGGCGACACGUCCACUAAUUAAUUGACUCCUGUCGUCUUCCUCACUCCCCCAUUAUCACCUUCUCUUCUUUUCCAUUCAUUCUGAGUUCUUCAGUUAGGGCGAUUUUGAAUUUCGAUUCAGGUGAAAGGAAGCACAAUGAGGGAGGCUGCCGCUGUGGCGGCUCCGUCGAGAAGCAGCAGGUUCCUGACACAGUGGUGUCGGAGCCAGGAUCGGAGGAGUCCGAAGUGGAGCAAACAGAAACCAAAAUGGGAUAAGAUUAAGGCGCAGAUAGGGACUGCUUCCACUUACUCUUCCAGAAUCAGUACUAAUAUACCUCUCUAUGAACUCCCGCAGGCUUCGUUCGAUCGAUAUCUGGAGGAUAAGCCCAGAGUUUUCAAGGCUAUAUUUCCAGACAAAAGGAGGAGCCAGCAACUCAACGAGGAAGAGUGGAGAAUCCACAUGCUACCCAUACAGUUCCUUUUCCUAUCUGCUCUUCCAGUAGUUGACAUGAGAUUGCGUUGCAAGUCCAAAGGGAUCGCAUACCCGCCCGAGGUCCCCACUGAUGUUUCAAAGGUUCUUGAGCUCGAUAUUAUCAGAUGGGAGCUUCAGGGUCUGGAUGAAAUGGUGAAACCAUCUCAGUUCUCACUUAGUGUCAAAGGGGCUCUCUACCCUGAGAGGCGUGGACUAAGAAGCAGGAUCAAGGGCCACUUGGAGAUGAGUAUAAGCUUUGUUCUUCCUCCCGUGCUUGCUUUGCUCCCUGAACAUGUUCUUCAAGAUGUUGCGGAGUCGGUUCUAAGAAGACUAGUGGAGAGCAUGAAGAACAAAGUGAAUGGUAGCUUGAUUGCUGAUUACAAUGAAUUCAAGAAGGAACUCUCAAGAGUUUAGUAUGAGCUGUUCAAGCUGAUGAUAUGCCACAUUAAAACAACCCCCAAUGAUUCAUAGGCAACUAAAAAGGGAUUGAGAACUCUUUGACUCCAUUGUAUAUAAUAUGAUGCACUUUUCAUUCUUUAACAUCGUGUAAUUUUCAAUGUCAAGCCUAGUUAAAUAAUUAUUAAUAGCAACAAAACCUAAAAAGAUAAUGGUGUGAUAUGUUUUUUCUUGUAUCAUGCGGGGCAGCGAAUCCCCAUCAGCUCUCAUACACGCUACUAGCAACCUCAGAGACAUUUGUCGGGUUUAUACCAGUAGAACAACUGUCCUUCAGGGUUUUAAAAUGGUGUAAAAUGUUGCAUUGAUAAUUUGUACAUUAUGCUUGCUCUCUUAUUCUCGUAGA